AUGAAAUCUCAAGACCACCUUCCAGUCAUCGAUUCUCACAUCCAUUUAUUCCCAUCGUCCGAAACCGGUUCUCUUUCUUGGUACACGAACGAACAUCCUCUUGCUGGUCAGCACUCAGUCGACCAAUACCGGGAGGCAACGGCAUCUGAACCUUCUUUGUCAGGAUUCAUUUUCGUCGAGACGGACCGGAAGAAUGAUCUGAAAUACGGUGAGCUUGACGGCUCAGGGUGGAGGGUACCUCUCAGCGAACUGGCUUGGAUCAAGCGUAUCGCCCUAGGACAGCCGCGCCCUCAUGAAGGACACAGUGCAGAAGAUCAAAAGUUAUGCCUGGGAAUCGUGCUUUGGGCACCGCUUCCCAGCAACGCAGAUGCUAUGAAACUGUACCUGCUCAGGGCGGAAGAAGCUGCCGGAUUGGCGUGGUCAAGGGUAAAGGGUUUCCGAUAUCUACUGCAAGAUGAACCACACGGAACUAUGCUCCAAGAUGAUUUCAUUGAGAACACAAAGCUCCUUGGCCGCCGUAACUUCACUUUCGACGUGUGUAUUGAUUUGCACCGACGAGGCCAACAGCAGAUCAGAGACCUUGUUGCAUUUGCAAAAUUGACACGAGAGAAGGCCCUCGAGAAUGAGAGAGUGGUUUUGGUGCUCGAUCAUAUCUGCAAACCUGACAUGACCGACUCAAAUUCUGACUCCGAUAUCACUUUCAUCGCCUGGCGUGACGCAAUGCGCGAACUGGGCCAAGAUGAGCACACUUAUGUCAAAUUCUCUGGCGGCUUUUCAGAAAUGGGCGACUCAGUUAAUGGUCUUUCCACAAACGAGAUCUGCGAGGUGCUGGGGAAAUGGUUCAGGGUGUUGCUCGAAUCAUUUGGACCGAGGCGGAUUAUGUUUGGUAGUGAUUGGCCUGUCUGUACCAUCAAUAUGACGAAUGCGUGGGAACGCUGGCGUGAUGUAACUGUCCAGUUAUGCCAGGAAUCAAGUCUUACUCUAGAAGAGCAGGGUAUGAUAUUCUCUGGUACCGCCAGGCACGCGUACAACUUAUAA